AGAUCCAUACAUUUUACUUUCAGUUGGAAGUUAGCUGCUUUUACAUACGGUUCGCUCUUCAUCUUUCCUUGUCAGAGUAAAAUAAAUAUGGACGCCGAAGGACUUCAUCUUUCAAUGAAUUAUAUUUCCAGUAGCGGAAUAGUACUCAGUGCUGAACAGAAAGCGGCUCUUGAAACAUCUAUGGUGAUUUUAAGAACAAAUUAUAAAUUUCACAAAGUUUGGUUCUGGGGAAAGAUUUUGGGAAUAAAAGACGAUUAUUUUAUCGCUCAAGGAGCUGGAAGAAAUGAAUUAUCGAACAGAAAAACACUUUACAGCUUAAAUUGUGUUGAAUGGCAUCUACUUCCUCCAGCGAGUGAAACAGCAAUGACAAAUUCAAAGAUAAUUCAUGGAAGAUUCCAGGGAGAUCCGUCUUAUGAAUAUGAACAUACAGAAGUGAAAAGAGUUGGAGAUGGAGAGGACUUUACAGAGGAAGAAGUUACAAUUCAUUUGAAAGAAGAGGAUCGCCUUGCAGCAGUGAUUUCAUCAAUAGAUGAAGAUGCAGCAAUUGUACCUCGAGGUGCUUUUGUUAGGACUCCUCUUGGUGAAGUUCACACAAACAGAAGUUUUGAAGGUCUUUCAGUGACUGAAGCAGGGAAACUGUCAUCAUAUAUGCAUUUUCGUGAAGGGCAAUACCACACAAAGAAAACUAUCAAGGAAAAGGCAGAUUUGGAUCCUUCCAUUGAUUUCUUAGACUGCAUUGAAGAGGACAUACCAAGAGGAUCAUGGAGCCUAAAAUUUGAGCGUGGAAGUGGGCUGGUCUGCUUACGUAGCCUGAUGUGGCUCGGACAAACGUUCUACCACGUUCCAGACUCAAGAAAAUAUGGCAGAGUAUACGUUGGAACAGGAGAAAAGAAUCUGGAUAUUCCAUUCAUGCUCUAAUUCAAUUUCCAGCUUUUAAAUUUUAUAUUUUGUUCUUCUGUAAAAAGUCACUAAAAAUUUUGUAAUAAUAAAUAUUAGCCGUAUAUUGUUGGA